UUGCAUAACUGUGUAGCGGCACUCCGCGCGCGACCCCGCUCCGAGCGCCCGCCGCGAGCGCGCUACACGCGCUGAUACGCGCAACGUCGCGCCCUUUACGUAACGCGCGACCACCGCGCGCACUCGCGCUCCUCACCGCCUUACCGAGGAUUACUGUUGGAGUGAUACGCUGUUAGUGUGCACGAUAUCGUCUCGCCCGGCUCGUGGACGUCGGAGCGGCCGGCCGCGGACCGCCGGAGCUGACGCGGCUCAGGGCUGACGCAGAUGUUGCGCGCGCGCAGAAGCUGGAGAGAGGAGCGCGCGCGGCCAGCGGGCGACGCGGCCACCAUCCCGCGCGCCCUCUAGACCUACACACACCCCUAGGCACUGCACUAUAUACGGUCGGUCAUGAAAAAUCUUGCCCAUUUGCUGGCUGUCCCUAUCAGCGAUCACGUGGUAACUUUCAUCUCUCUAGUAGCCGCGAUCACACUGCUCUCGCGGACGACAGAAGGGCGGUCCGCCCGUAGGUGGUCGGCGGGAGAACGCGGGCGUAGAGCGUGCUGUCGCGCGCGUUUCCCGCACCACACGCACCCGCCCAUUCACUGUUAGCAGUAGGCAGUUCACUCGGGGGGAGUUCGAUAGACAAUGUCCGAGGACUUGGACUCGAUCAGCGAGGAAGAACGAAGCUUGUUCCGACCCUUCACAAGAGAGUCACUGGCCGCUAUCGAAGCCCGCAUAGCUGAGGAGCAUGCCAAGCAAAAGGAACUCGAGAAAAAACGAGCGGAAGGCGAGAACGAUUUGGGGCGGACGAAAAAGAAAAAAGAAGUGCGUUAUGAUGACGAGGACGAGGACGAAGGUCCUCAGCCGGACGCGACCCUGGAGCAGGGCUUGCCGCUGCCGGUGCGAAUGCAGGGCACCUUCCCGGCGGAGGUGUCCUCUAUACCCCUCGAGGACAUCGACCCCUUCUAUCAUAACCAAAGAACCUUCGUAGUCAUAAGCAAGGGUAAAGAUAUCUUCAGAUUUUCGGCCACCAACGCCUUAUGGAUACUAGACCCAUUCAAUCCUAUAAGAAGAGUGGCGAUAUACAUUCUAGUACAUCCUUUGUUCUCGUUGUUUAUCAUUACCACAAUUCUAGUCAACUGUAUUCUUAUGAUAAUGCCUACGACGCCAACCGUCGAAAGUACUGAAGUUAUCUUUACCGGGAUCUACACGUUUGAAUCAGCGGUGAAAGUAAUGGCCAGGGGUUUCAUACUACAGCCAUUCACAUACCUUAGAGAUGCAUGGAAUUGGCUUGACUUCGUAGUUAUAGCUUUAGCUUAUGUGACGAUGGGCAUAGAUCUCGGCAACUUGGCCGCUCUCAGAACGUUCAGGGUACUCCGAGCGCUCAAAACUGUGGCCAUCAUACCGGGUUUGAAGACGAUCGUCGGCGCCGUCAUCGAGUCAGUGAAGAAUCUGAGAGAUGUGAUAAUCUUGACGAUGUUCUCACUGUCCGUGUUUGCGCUGAUGGGCCUACAGAUCUACAUGGGAGUGUUAACGCAGAAGUGUAUCAAGGUGUUCCCGGAAGACGGCUCCUGGGGUAACCUCACCGAUGAGAACUGGGAGAGGUUUUGCCAGAAUGAGACCAACUGGUAUGGGGAUGGAGGGGAAUAUCCACUUUGUGGAAAUUCAUCAGGAGCAGGUCAAUGUGAACCCGGAUAUGUCUGUCUGCAAGGCUAUGGACCGAACCCUAACUACGGAUACACGAGUUUCGAUACGUUUGGUUGGGCUUUCUUGUCAGCUUUCCGCCUCAUGACACAGGAUUAUUGGGAGAAUCUCUAUCAAUUGGUGCUGAGGUCAGCGGGGUCAUGGCACGUACUGUUCUUCGUAGUGAUCAUCUUCUUGGGCUCGUUCUAUCUCGUGAACUUGAUCUUAGCCAUCGUCGCCAUGUCGUACGACGAGUUGCAGAAGAAAGCGGAAGAAGAGGAACAGGCCGAGGAGGAAGCUCUCAGGGAAGCGGAACAGAAGGCAGCGGCGCGCGCGGACAAACAGGAGGCACGAGAGGCGCACGCGCGCGAGGCGGCGGCGGCAGCACAGGCGGCCGCCUACGCCGAGGCACACCCCGCCAAGUCCCCCAGCGACUUCUCCUGUCAGAGCUACGAGCUGUUCGUCAACCAGGAGCGCGGCAACCAGGACGACAAUACCCGCGAGCGCAUGUCCCUCCGUAGCGACCCCUUCCAGGACUCGGUGAGCACUCAGCCCGCGCACAAGCCCGACCCGCACCACGACUCCGCACGCCGCCCCAGGAAGGUCAGCAUGGUCCCCCACCCUGAACGCAUAAAUAAAAUCAGCCAGUUACCAUAUGGGCCACUGCGCGAGGGCUCACAGGCUUCGUUAUCACUGCCUGGAUCGCCGUUCAAUUUGCGGCGAGGUUCGCGGGGCUCGCACCAGAUGGCGCUGCGGCCGAACGGGCGGGCUCGCUACCCGCCCGGCGCGGACCGCAAGCCGCUCGUGCUGUCCACCUACCUGGAUGCGCAAGAGCAUCUGCCUUACGCCGACGACUCCAACGCCGUCACCCCCAUGUCUGAAGAGAACGGUGCUAUCAUUAUUCCAGUUUACUACGCUAAUUUAGGUUCUCGUCACUCGUCGUACACAUCGCAUCAGUCGCGGCUAUCGUACACGUCGCACGGCGACCUGCUGGGCGGCGGCAAGGCGCAGACCAAGGAGGCGCGCCUACGCAACCGAUCCGCGUCGCGCAACCAUAGUGUGACGUCACAGCCGCACGGGUACCCGCUGCCCGGACAAGACUUCUCGCUAGCCUCCCGCCCACUUAGAGAAUAUGAAAUGAGUACGACUGAAUGCACAGAUGAAGCUGGAAAAGUGUUAAAACCUUCGACUGACAACCCGUUCAUAGAAUCUUCGCAGCAACCAAACGUAGUGGACAUGAGAGAUGUUAUGGUACUGAACGAAAUCAUCGAGCAAGCGGGCCGCCAGAGUCGAGCGAGCGAUCAGAACGUGUCAGUGUACUACUUCCCAACAGCGGAAGACGAUGAGGAUGGGCCCACGUUCAAGGAGAAACUCCUCGAGUGCCUGAUGAAGGCGAUAGACUUCUUCUGUGUGUGGGACUGCUGUUGGUUGUGGCUGGAGUUUCAGAAAUACGUGGCGCUACUUGUGUUCGACCCCUUCGUGGAGUUGUUCAUCACCCUGUGUAUCGUAGUGAACACGCUGUUCAUGGCGCUCGACCACCACGACAUGGACAAAGAUAUGGAGAGAGCGCUCAAAAGUGGCAACUAUUUUUUCACUGCUACAUUCGGAAUAGAAGCCAUGUUGAAAUUAGUAGCUAUGAGCCCUAAGUUUUACUUCCAAGAGGGUUGGAAUAUAUUUGACUUUAUCAUUGUGGCCUUAUCACUGUUGGAGUUGGGAUUGGAAGGAGUUCAGGGUUUGUCAGUGUUGCGUUCCUUUCGUUUGCUUCGAGUAUUCAAAUUGGCAAAGUCAUGGCCGACACUUAAUUUACUCAUCUCCAUAAUGGGUAGGACAAUGGGUGCCUUGGGCAACCUGACCUUCGUAUUGUGCAUCAUUAUUUUCAUAUUUGCGGUGAUGGGUAUGCAACUAUUCGGGAAAAAUUACGUGGAUUACGUAGACCGAUUCCCGGACGGGGACCUCCCGCGAUGGAACUUCACGGAUUUCAUGCACAGCUUCAUGAUUGUGUUCCGAGUGCUCUGCGGAGAAUGGAUAGAAAGUAUGUGGGACUGUAUGUUGGUCGGAGAUGUCUCUUGUAUACCCUUCUUCUUGGCUACCGUCGUCAUUGGCAAUCUUGUGGUACUUAACCUUUUCUUGGCCCUGUUACUGUCAAAUUUCGGCUCAUCGAGUUUGUCGACACCGACUGCCGAUCAGGAUACCAACAAAAUAGCAGAGGCCUUCAACAGAAUAUCAAGGUUUAUUGAUUGGGUGAAACGAAACGUAGCGGACGUUAUGAAGCUACUGAAGAACAAACUGACCAAUCAGAUAGCGAUCCACGCACCCGAGCGAGUCGACAACGAGCUGGAACUCGGCACAGACCUCGACGACGCCGUACUCUACAAAGACAAGAAACUCAAAGACCAAGUAGAAGUAGCUAUAGGUGACGGUAUGGAAUUCACUAUACCAGGAGACAAUAAAUACAAGAAAGGCAAAAUUUUGUUAAAUAAUAUUAACGCAAUAACAGAUAAUCAUAGAGACAACCGUUUAGAUUGUGAAUUAAAUCAUCACGGGUAUCCUAUACAGGAUGACGAUACAAUUAGUCAAAAAUCGUACGGCAGUCAUAAAAUCAGGUCGUUUAAAGAUGAAAGUCAUAAAGGUUCCGCAGACACGAUAGAUGGCGAAGAGAAGAAGGACGCUAGUAAAGAGGAAUUGGGAUUAGAAGAAGAACUGGUUGAGGAAGAGGAAGAUGGGAAGUUAGACGGAGGUCUGGGUAAAACAGACAUCAUAGUAGCUGCAGACGAGGAAGUUGUUGACGACAGUCCUGCUGACUGCUGUCCAGAGCCAUGUUACGCGAAGUUUCCAUUCCUUGUGGGUGAUGACGAAUCUCCCUUCUGGCAAGGCUGGGGCAUGCUCCGGUUGAAAACCUUCAAACUCAUUGAGAACACAUAUUUCGAAACGGCUGUGAUUACAAUGAUUUUGCUCAGUAGUUUGGCUUUGGCUUUAGAAGAUGUAAAUUUACCACAUCGGCCGAUUCUUCAAGAUAUCUUGUAUUAUAUGGAUCGAAUCUUCACCGUCAUUUUCUUCAUCGAGAUGUUGAUCAAAUGGCUUGCCCUUGGCUUCCAGAAAUACUUCACAAAUGCGUGGUGCUGGCUCGACUUCAUCAUUGUCAUGGUCUCGCUUAUAAACUUCGUAGCGGGGCUUUGUGGCGCCGGCGGCAUUCAGGCGUUCAAAACGAUGCGAACGCUGCGCGCACUGCGCCCUCUCAGGGCCAUGAGCCGCAUGCAGGGCAUGAGGGUGGUGGUAAACGCUCUCGUGCAAGCAAUCCCGUCCAUCUUCAACGUGUUGUUGGUGUGUCUUAUCUUCUGGCUGAUCUUCGCCAUCAUGGGAGUACAACUGUUCGCUGGCAAAUAUUUCAAGUGCGUCGAUCUAAACCACACGACGUUGAGCCACGAAAUCAUCCCGGACCGGAACGCGUGCAUCUUAGAGAACUACACCUGGGAGAACUCACCGAUGAACUUCGAUCACGUCGGCAAGGCGUACCUCUGCCUGUUCCAAGUGGCCACCUUCAAGGGAUGGAUACAGAUCAUGAACGACGCUAUUGACUCGAGAGAAGUGGGCCGGCAACCUAUACGAGAGACGAACAUCUACAUGUAUUUGUACUUCGUGUUCUUCAUUAUAUUUGGCUCAUUCUUCACUCUCAACCUAUUCAUCGGUGUGAUCAUCGACAACUUUAACGAACAGAAGAAGAAAGCCGGUGGCAGCCUCGAGAUGUUCAUGACUGAGGACCAGAAGAAAUACUACAAUGCCAUGAAGAAAAUGGGUUCCAAAAAACCAUUAAAAGCUAUUCCGAGACCGAAGUGGCGGCCACAAGCGAUCGUGUUCGAGAUAGUGACGGACAAGAAGUUCGACAUGAUCAUCAUGUUGUUCAUCGGCCUCAACAUGUUGACGAUGACGCUCGAUCACUACCAGCAGUCGGAGACCUUCAGCACUGUCCUCGACUACCUCAACAUGAUAUUCAUCGUGAUAUUCAGUUCAGAGUGCCUAUUAAAAAUGUUCGCCUUACGCUACCAUUACUUUGUUGAACCAUGGAACUUGUUCGAUUUCGUAGUAGUCAAUUUCUCAAUUCUUAGUUUGGUAUUGAGUGAUAUUAUAGAAAAAUAUUUUGUGUCGCCCACGUUACUGAGGGUGGUGAGAGUAGCGAAGGUCGGUCGUGUGUUGCGUCUCGUGAAGGGCGCGAAGGGUAUCCGGACGUUAUUGUUCGCACUCGCCAUGUCACUGCCAGCCUUGUUCAACAUCUGUCUACUGCUGUUCCUUGUGAUGUUCAUCUUCGCCAUCUUCGGCAUGUCGUUCUUCAUGCACGUCAAAGACAAAGGUGGCCUCGACGACGUCUACAACUUCAAGACUUUCGUGCAGAGUAUGAUCCUGCUAUUUCAGAUGUCGACGUCCGCCGGCUGGGACGGCGUGCUGGACGGCAUCAUCAACGAGGAGGAGUGCGACCUGCCGGACAACGAGCGCGGCUACCCCGGCAACUGCGGCUCCGCCACCAUCGGCAUCACCUACCUGCUGUCCUACCUCGUCAUCUCUUUCCUUAUCGUCAUCAACAUGUACAUCGCCGUCAUUCUCGAGAAUUACUCGCAGGCGACAGAAGACGUACAGGAAGGUCUGACGGACGACGACUACGACAUGUACUACGAGAUCUGGCAGCGCUUCGACCCCGACGGCACGCAGUACAUCCGCUACGACCAGUUGUCCGACUUCCUCGACGUGCUGGAGCCGCCGCUGCAGAUCCACAAGCCCAACAAGUACAAGAUCAUCUCCAUGGACAUCCCCAUAUGUCGCGGCGACAUGAUGUUCUGCGUGGACAUCCUCGACGCGCUCACCAAAGACUUCUUCGCCCGGAAAGGCAACCCCAUCGAGGACCCCGGCGACCUGGAGGUGGGCCGGCCCGACGAGGUGGGCUACGAGCCCGUGUCGUCCACGCUGUGGCGCCAGCGCGAGGAGUACUGCGCGCGCCUCAUCCAGCACGCGUGGCGCCGCCACCGGCGGGCACACGAGUCGCCGCGCGGGCCGGGCGGCGCGCCCACCGCCGUGCUGCUGGACGCCGUGACGCCCAACGGGCACCGCGUGGUGCUGGGCGGCGCCGCCGGCUGGCGCGCCGAGCCCGGCCCGCCGCGCGCCCGUCUGACCCGCGCUGGCGCUGGCGCUGCUGCCCGCGCUGGCCGCCGACGCGCCGCUGCCGCUGCCCGCACCGCUGCCCGAGCUGUUGAGCCCACCCAAGCGCACUUAAUUAUUGUUUACGCUAGACGUGUCGCGUGUACAUAUAGCGUGGUAGCGCGAGUAGCGUGCGAGCGGCGGAGUGCGGCGGCGGGCGAGCGAGCCCGCGCGCGAGUGGCGCCCGCGCCGCGCCCCUGGACGUUGUUCUCGAACGUUCGACAGACGUUCGACGUGUUUACUGGAGUGUUUUGUAUUCGCGUGGCCGAAGCUUAGUGACCGUUUGUUUUGCGACCGAUGAUCGUGCGCGUUCACCGCGUUCAGUCGUUCCGAUUGGUAUCCGUUCGUUUGCGUUCGCGUGCGGACCCGUUCCGGUGAGUGAAGGCGCCGAUCGGAGAGGAUCGUUCUCGCGAGCGUGCCCUUUUUUUAUUCGUCACUAGUGAUGUAAUGUAAGGUAUUGGAUAAAAUUGAGGAAACUCUAAAAGCUUAUUUUUGUAUUCGAUGAAUAUCACUGUCUAUCUGUAAAAUUCUAAAACAGAGCUGUACUUGUAACUAUUAUGAAGUUCGAUUAUUUGUUACCGAUUGUGAGAUAUCAUUUUACUUCCCCGAAAUGGUGUCGAGCAAUAGCACAACAAGAUGUCCCCGGCCCCGGCGUGUAGUGUGUUGUGUGUGUGUGUGCGUGCGGUGCGAGUGUAGUGGUGCGGAGUGCGGCAGUCACGCUUGUUACGUUCGCUUGUCACGCUGGCGUGAUCCCGCGUCACGUCGCCGCACGCCUCCCUUCAUUACAUGACGUCAACCAUCGCCUGCGCUGUACGGCGCUAGUAUUAUCGUAUCUUAAUAGACGCUUAAGAGAAGCAAUGGCUACGCCGAUUCAUAUCAAUUUUGUCCGUAUAGUUUUAAUAGUUCCAAUUUGUAAGCUUCUCACUGUACCGAAACGACGCGGCGACGCGAGGUCGCGUCUAUCUAUGCGGGGACGGCUGCUGCCGGUCCUCGGAAUUAAGAGAGUUUAGAGAAAUUUUUGCAACGUUAUCUAUAUAAGCUUAACAAAUCAGCUGUGAAAUCGGUACCAGAAUUCACUUCCGUCCUAAUUCAGUACGCAUCAUAGGAAUCGAGCCAUUUUAUGUAACGCGCACUUUCCACAUACCUAGUUAAUGUAAUUGCCUUCCCCUGGUUACAUUAGCUGCGGGAGACGGCGGCCUUCCCCAGCCGCCGCUCCCUAGCGCCGGCCCCGGCCCGGACUCGCCCUGGCCCGGGUCGGGCUGGGCCGAGCUCGGGCCUGGGCCCGCCUCCGCCGGCGGGCUGCGCGCCGACGCUCGCGACACUGGCACUAACUGCAACACGUGACAAGCUACUGCCUACUGGUUCUGCUACAUCACCCAACAAUGUAUAGAGUCGACGUGAGUUGAUGGCUUACAUUGUUAGCUUCGGUAGUGCGGCGUGGCAGGGUGCCGGGGUGGCGGGCGCCGCCGGACGCUCGCCGCGUAGACCUACCUGUAUCUGAUAUAGCGAGCGGGCUGGUACUGCUUCGACGAGUGUAGCUCUUGCAGAUCACAUUUUGACGAUGUUGAUGAUGUUCAAUGUUCAUUCACGAUGUACAACCGAUUCGGCUACUUGAAAGGCAUCACUAUAAUUAGCAAUAAGAUAAUAUUGAUAUACCUAAGAGAUCGAACGUCCCUUACCGAGUAAGGUAGAUAUUAUUGAAGUAUUGUUUAUUUUUCGAUUGACAUCUCUCUAGAUAGACGGAGGUCCGCGGCUCGAGGCCGCGGCCCCGGACGUUGCCGUUACCUCACGACGGUUCACUUCUGUGACAGUAUUGUCUUUUCUAGCACAACAGACUAAUGAAUCAUUCAAUUUUUGUAAUUUAACUUUGGAAGUGGUCAAUUUUCUACUACUCUGUAAAUAUUGAGAGCUUAUUGCCGGGUAGAUCCCAAACCGCACGUCGCAACACGUAAUUUAUUAUAUUAUGUCUACUAUCUAUUGAUAUCAACGAUACGUAAUAAGCUUGAAGCAAUAACGUUAACGUGUGCUCGACGAGAGGUUUCGCUUUUCAUUACCUUGUACGGAACAUGUCACCGAAUACUUGUGUGCCGGUUGUUUUACAUUCAUUUACAUAUAAUGUGGAAAUAUCUCAAGUGCAAGACAAUUCUAAGUGUUGAAAGAUUUAAAGAGUCAGUGUAUCGUAAACUAAAUGAGACGCUUACAGUUUUGCACAUAUUUUGCAAUAAUUAUGGUUACAAGAUAAUGAUUAUGUAGAUAAUUUUAUAAUGAAUGCGCCGGCGCCCGCCCGCGAGGUUCCCCGUCGCGCGCGCGCGCCGCCCGCGUCGCGUUACGUUCACGAGGUAACCAGAGCCGUGUGGAGCCGCUCAACCUCUGUCCUUUAAUAUAUGAUAUUAUAUUGCGCUUUGGAAGACUGAUCGGAUAAGAUGAUCUUGAACAUUUAUUUCUAUGUCCUUGUUGACGUGUUUGUAAAAAUCUAAAAUCAAAAUCUGUAACUUAAAAUCACGUAUUUUAAGUUUAGAAGUAUGAUUUAACUCGACAAUACUGAUAUUCUCACCUAGUUAGUGCCGUGUAAACACUUACGUAUGUACACCAAUUGUUGAUUGUUAGCUUUUAAGGUAAACUUACCGCUUGUCACGAAAUUAGUGAAUGUGAAUAUAAGCCUAUAGUUAGCCAGUAAACUUUAUAAACAAGCUAGAUCUUUAUUUGCUCUCUUUAACAAAAACAUACAGUCAAGAGAACAGAUUAUAUGUUAAACUGAAUCAACACAAAUUCAUCAUCAAAAUAUUUGAAACUAGAUUUCAAAACAAUAUUUCCCACUUCAAGUGUAUAUUAUAAUAAAAGUAAUAGAUUUUAAACCUACGAAAAUUAUAAAACUAAACAUACAAUGUGUCUGUAGUGAACAAUUCUGAUUUCUUUCUAUUUUAUUUAGUUUAAGUACUUUUGCUAUCACAAAGAUGCAUUUAUUAAAAAAAGUAAGCAUUCAUGUGAUGAGAUCUACAACUUAAGAGUAUAUUUCUUAUUUAAAGCUCCUUAUAGCGUUAGGUAUCGAGAUUGACAAGUUCCAUACGGCUCUACACGACAUGGUCUGCCAAUAUGUCGUCACUUUAUGUUGGUGAAACCAAAGAUUAUAACUACUAUUAGGCAUAUUUGCACAAAGAAGUUGUGUUUAAUUAAGUUUAGACAAUAAGUUAUAAUAUCAUUGUAUUGUUUAUUUUAACUAUACUUAUGACAAAAAAGUGAGUUCAGUUUGCUGAAUGAUAGAGGUUUAAUUGAGUAUUUAUUAUAUAUAUUGUUGAAGUUUGUACAAAAUAAAUUAAGUAAACGAUAAAAUAUAGAACUUGACUGCUUUA